AAUAUUACGGUCAAAUAGUUAUCAAAUUUUCUCUAGAUCAUAAAAUCGAUUUUUACUGCUAUUUUUCUUUGUUUACUUUCUUUGUGCAAAUUCGAAGCAGCAUUGCAUUUCAUUCGUGAAAACGCCUUUUUAUAUUCCCCAAUACGUUUGGGAUGCGGGAGCUACAAAAUCAACCAGUUUGCGUCGGCAAAAUGUGAAAUAAUAUGAAAGACAUAUCGAUCGAUUUUUGACAACGAAGUUGGACAGAAGCGGGGUCUCAGCUCGGUUUGGGUGUGUAUUGUGCCUAACAAAGUUGAAGUCCUAAAACAGUAGCGCAUCAAGCAAAACUAGGAAGUUACUUUAAAUAAGUUCAUCAUGGAGCAAACUUCCUCUUUGCCUGGCUAUGUGCGCGAGAAGCUCGCUGAACUUGAUUUGGAACUCUCAGAAGGUGAUAUUACGCAGAAGGGUUACGAAAAAAAACGGGCGAAACUGCUACAGCCGUUCCUUAAAAAGCAUGAAGUCGACAAGGGAAAAGGCACGGCGCCACCCCCGUACUAUAAUGUUAAGGAUGCCAACAAUAGCAACAGCCACGGAAACAUCAGUAACGACGGCGUCAUAGUCUCCAGUGAAGGCUACAGUUAUGUGACCGAAGUUCCCUCCCUAUCCUCUUCACAGCAAAGACAUUCCAAAAAAAUCGACUUUCAUAAGCCCGGAGGAAAUGCCGGGGCUCCGGGUUACGAAAAUAUGCGACCACAUGGUGGAGCAGUAGGAGAUCCAGGGUAUCAAAACACUCGCGAACCGAGCGGUUUUCAAAAUCAGCAGACCGCCAAUAAUAGUCAACAUCGUCAGCGACGCACACAGCGCAAAGUAACGCACAAUGAAAAACGUUAUCAUUCCGAAGUACGACAGGAGGCUGUUCAGCAGGCCCUAGCUGCCCUUAAAGGUCGACCAAAGCCGAGCCUCCCGAUGCCGUCAAAGCGCACAUCUGUUUUGAACCGAAGCCCUGGAUGUAAUGACGAGCUGGACUCAUCGACAGAUGACGAGUCCAUACCCGAGGAGACCGUUUCUCCUGAUAAGGAGUACAACUAUCCGCGGGAUCAUAUUAGCAAUAGCAUUUUGCCACCCGAACCCAUAAUAAAACCGCCAAUUCGGGAAUCAUCGAUGGGCUCACAGCACCAAUCAAGGCUUGAUUCCAAGCAGAACCAAAUGCCAAAUCAGAAAUAUACAUCUCCAAACUGCGCUCCGGAAAGACGACCACCGCAAAAUUUGCCUUCACUUCCAACAUCGGACACGUCCAGCACGGAUUCGCCCCCUAUUGCAUAUAAGCGAGAGAAUGACUUUUCUGACAAAGCGUAUAAGCAAAAGCAACUUAACGCUCCUGAUAUCACACAAUUUAACAAUGCGCACCGUGCUGCUGACCGAGUUACGCGAUAUGUUAACGUUACUCAGAGCGAUUUAAACGAUACUGAUGCAAAUGGGAAGUGGAAAGUCUCAGCCAAAAUUCAGCAACUGCUUAACACUCUUAAGAGACCAAAACGACGACCGUUGCCAGAGUUUUAUGAAGACAACGACAUUGAGCUGGAAAUUGCUGCCAACACGAAGGAUCCGAACGCACCGAAACCGGAGGGCAGCACAAUGACUCCAGUACAAGGAGAGCAACUGUCUAUACCAGCCGGACUUCCACGAACACUUGAGUGUGCACUUCAAAGAUAUGGCACAAAUUCUUUUAAAAGUUCCAUGGCUACGGUCCUUGAUCCCAAUGGCAAAAUAACCACCACCUUAACGUAUGGUAAACUACUAUCCCGCGCGCAAAAGAUUGCGUAUGCGUUGUCCACGAAAAUAUUUAGCAAGGGACCUGAGCAAGUAACUCUUAAGCCAGGUGAUCGUGUUGCUUUGGUUUAUCCUAAUAAUGACCCUUUAAGUUUUAUUACCGCCUGGUAUGGCUGUAUGUUUCGUGGGCUAGUGCCUCUUCCAAUCGAGUUGCCGCUUUCUAGCUCGGAUACACCCCCUCAGCAAGUGGGAUUUUUGUUAAGCUCUUGUGGCAUAACAGUGGCUCUAACUUCAGAGGCUUGCCUUAAAGGUCUUCCGAAAUCAACCACUACUGGGGAAAUAGCUAAAUUAAAGGGCUGGCCACGUUUACAGUGGUUUGUUACGGAACACUUACCUAAGCCACCUAAGGAAUUCAAUGUGGGAAAUUUACGGAUAGACGAUUCGGCGGCAGCUUACAUAGAAUACACGACAGAUAAGGAAGGCAGUGUUAUGGGUGUCACUGUUACUCGCGCUGCCAUGAUCAACCAUUGCCGCGCUCUGACUAUGGCCUGCCAUUAUACCGAAGGCGAAACAAUAGUGUGCGUCUUGGAUUUCAAGCGUGAAGUUGGAUUAUGGCAUUCGGUUUUGACUUCAGUGCUUAAUGGUAUGCAUGUUAUUUUCAUACCAUAUGCCUUGAUGAAGCUACGACCAUCCAGCUGGAUGCAAUUAAUAACAAAACAUCGGGCUUCGUGCUGUUUGGUCAAGAGUCGUGAUUUACAUUGGGGCUUACUAGCUACCAAAGAUCACAAGGAUAUCUCGCUAUCUUCUCUUCGGAUGUUGUUAGUUGCCGAUGGAGCCAAUCCCUGGUCCCUUUCAUCGUGUGACCAGUUUCUGAGCGUUUUUCAAUCCAAGGGACUGCGGUCAGAUGCGAUUUGUCCGUGUGCAAGUAGCUCUGAAGUGUUUACCGUUUCCCUUCGUCGCCCUGGGCGCGGAUCCUGUGGAUUUAGUCCAUCAGCUACUGGACGUGGUGUACUUUCCAUGGCAGCACUUUCGCACGGAGUAGUGAGGGUGGACAGUGAAGACUCAUUAACGUCACUUACCUUGCAAGACUGUGGUCAAGUCAUGCCAGCAGCACAAAUGGUAGUCGUGCGCUCGGAGGGUGCUCCAGUGCUGUGCAAAACAGACCAAGUGGGCGAGAUUUGCGUUACUAGUGGUUCCACAAGCGCUAGUUAUUUCGGUCUCGAUGGAAUGACGAAUUCUACUUUUAAAGUGCAACCACUUUUGGAAGAACUUGAGCAGCCAAAAGAUGGUAAUGGCACGGUAAAUGUAAUUUCAAAAUCGAUAGGAGAAGACUUUUAUGUAAGGUCAGGUCUUCUGGGCUUUCUUGGCCCUGGAGGCUUGGUCUUUGUAUGUGGAUCCCGUGAUGGCUUGAUGACUGUUACUGGUCGAAAACAUAAUGCGGAUGAUAUAAUUGCUACAGUACUAGCAGUGGAGCCAAUGCGUUUUAUUUACCGAGGGCGCAUAGCUGUUUUUAGCAUUAAAGUUCUUCGCGACGAACGCGUGUGUGUUAUUGCCGAACAACGUCCUGACUGCUCUGAGGAAGAAAGUUUUCAAUGGAUGUCGCGCGUUCUCCAGGCAGUUGAUUCCAUUCAUCAGGUUGGCAUUUAUUGUCUGGCAUUGGUUCCACCAAACCAUUUGCCCAAGACACCACUCGGAGGCAUACAUUUAUGUGAAGCAAGACGAAGAUUUUUAGAGGGAUCCCUUCACCCAGCAAAUGUUUUGAUGUGCCCACAUACAUGCGUCACCAAUUUGCCAAAGCCACGAGAGUUACAUCAAGGUGUGCAAACUGCCGCAAAAUUAAGCUCUUCAUCUGGAUGUGGUAUUACAGACACGGGUGUAGGACCAGCCUCUGUGAUGGUUGGAAAUUUAGUUCAGGGUAAUCGACUGGCUGAAGCCCAUGGACGAGAUGUUGGAUUGGCCGAGGAUUGUGAACGCAAGCCCCAACUUAUAACAGGUGUAUUGCGUUGGCGAGCAAACACUUCUCCAGAUCACAUAAUAUUUACAUUGCUGAAUUCGAAGGGGGCAAUUGCAAAAACUCUAACAUGCUCCGAGUUACAUAAGCGAGCAGAAAAAAUAGCAGCGUUAUUACAAGAACGGGGAAGAGUGGAACCAGGCCAUCAUGUUGCGCUCAUAUUUCCCCCAGGUCUUGAUUUGUUGUGCGCGUUUUAUGGUUGCCUAUAUCUAGGUGCAAUACCAAUUACCAUACGGCCUCCACAUCCACAAAAUUUAAACACCACGUUACCCACUGUUCGCAUGAUUGUUGAUGUUUCAAAGAGUGGUAUUGUACUCUCUAUACAAGCGAUUAUAAAGUUACUAAAAUCCCGAGAGGCGGCAACUUCCAUUGACCCAAAGACAUGGCCACCUAUUUUAGACAUUGAUGACAAUCCGAAACGCAAAUAUACCAGUAUCGCCAAUGUGUCCUUUGACUCUAGCGCCUAUUUGGAUUUCAGCGUGUCAACUUGCGGACGGCUUAGCGGUGUUAACAUAACGCAUCGAUCUCUCUCUAGUCUGUGCGCUAGUUUAAAAUUGGCCUGUGAGCUGUACCCUUCCCGUCAUGUUGCAUUGUGCUUGGACCCGUAUUGCGGCCUUGGAUUUGUAAUGUGGACACUUAUCGGAGUAUAUAGUGGCCACCAUUCGAUACUUAUCGCACCAUAUGAAGUUGAAGCGAAUCCCAGUUUGUGGUUGUCAACUCUCUCUCAACAUCGUGUUCGUGACACCUUUUGUUCAUAUGGUGUCAUAGAAUUAUGCACUAAAGCUCUUAGCAAUUCUAUACCCUCUUUAAGGCAACGUAACAUUGACUUGCGAUGCGUACGAACGUGUGUUGUAGUGGCGGAAGAACGUCCAAGAGUGCAGCUGACUCAACAAUUUUGUAAGCUGUUUCAAGCGCUUGGUCUUAACACUCGUUGUGUCUCCACAUCAUUUGGUUGUCGUGUGAAUCCAGCUAUUUGCGUACAAGGAGCUAGUUCGGCAGAGAGUGCUCAGGUGUACGUAGAUAUGAGAGCACUCCGAAAUAAUCGCGUGGCUUUGGUGGAACGCGGUGCACCAAAUUCGCUGUGUGUCAUUGAAUCAGGAAAACUUCUACCUGGAGUAAAAGUGAUUAUAGCAAAUCCUGAUACCAAAGGUCACUGCGGCGAUUCACAUUUGGGUGAAAUUUGGGUUCAAGCUCCACAUAAUGCUAAUGGAUACUUCACAAUUUAUGGAGACGAGACCGACUACAAUGACCACUUCAACGCGAAAUUGGUGACUGGAGCUACCUCUGAGUUAUACGCACGAACUGGAUACUUGGGAUUCUUACGACGCACCGAAUGUUCUCAGGCAGCUUCAUUACUAGACGAGACCACACCAAGUGUGGCUAGUCGCGACAGUGAUACAGAAUCUUUGAAUUCCAUAAGUCAAUUGCAAUUGAAUUUUUCAAGUGUUUCCCUUAGUGGAAACUCUGAGCAUAGUCUUAUAGGCGGCGCAGGCAAUUCAAUUGACCAAGAACUACACGACGCAGUGUAUGUAGUUGGAGCAGUUGAUGAAGUGAUCUCAUUACGUGGCAUGAACUAUCAUCCAAUUGAUAUCGAAAAUUCAGUGAUGCGAUGCCACAAAAAAAUUGCUGAGUGCGCCGUAUUUACCUGGACUAAUUUGUUGGUUGUAGUUGUCGAACUAGACGGUAAUGAAUCGGAAGCUUUGGAUCUAGUUCCCUUGGUUACAAACACAGUAUUAGAAGACCAUCAACUUAUAGUUGGUGUUGUUGUGGUCGUUGAUCCAGGUGUGGUACCUAUUAAUAGUCGCGGUGAAAAGCAACGGAUGCAUUUACGGGAUGGAUUUCUGGCCGACCAGUUGGAUCCCAUAUACGUAGCGUAUAACAUGUAAUAUAUAUAUAUAUAUAUAUUCUUAUGAAGAAAUCGCCACUAUGUAGUAAGGAAACGUAAGCAACAGUUUCAAACUUAUUCUUAUUUAUAACAAUCGCAAUCUACUAAUGAAUGUCCCAUUUCGGAUCAGACUCCCAAAUAUUUAUACAUUUCCUUUUAGAGUAUUAGCAUAGACGGUAACACACUCUUACAAUAGAUUGACUAUUUAACUUCAUAUGACUCUAUAAGCGAAAAUAAACAUAUAAUAUUUAUGUAUAAGUCUAAAUAAACCACAAUUUACAGCA